AUGCGCGCCCUCAUGCUGCGCAUGCGCAUGCAUGCCAACACCCUCAACGCCCAUGCUCCCGCAGGCGACGCGCUACUCGAGUUCGCGGCCGCCCUGUCAGACCCCCAUGAUGCCCUCGCCACCUGGGCCCCUGGCUCCCACCCCUGCGGCGACUCGGCAGGCCACGCGCGCCCAUGGCCAGGGAUUGAGUGCGACGCGCCUGCGGGCAGCGUUGUUGGGCUGGACCUGAGCGGCAAGGGGCUUGGGGGCCAGCUGGGCGCCAGCCUGGCCGACGUCGAGACGCUGCGUUCCAUCGACCUUCACAACAACAGCGUGUCCGGCGGACUACCAGCUGCCUGGGCUGGGCUGCGCUUUCUGGAUUAUCUUGAUGUCAGCUCCAACGCACUGAACGGCACGCUGCCAGCUGCGCUGGGGAGCCUGGGCUCACUUCAGCACCUGGACGCGAGCUGCAAUGCGCUGACUGGAACGCUGCCGGCCGCAUGGUCGGGCAUGGCCAUGAUUGAGGUGCUUGACUUGUCCCACAACCAGCUGACGUCAUCGCUGCCCGAGUCCUGGGGCCGGCUCGCCUUCCUGUCGUCGCUGUCGCUGCGCAACAACUCCCUUGAGGGCAGCCUGCCAGCCUCCUGGUCGGCACAGACGCAACUGCUGCAGCUGUGA